AUGAGUGAAAACGAGGAAACGAUCACGCUGGUCACGCCCGGCGCGGCCGCGUUGGCUUCUUUCAACGCGAAAAAUUUCGAGGACGAGAACAACCGAGACGCGUUGAUUGAAAAGGCGUUGAAUGGGAGAUGUGAUGGGGAAGAUGAUGUAAAAAAGAUCGGGGAGGAGGAGGAGAAGAGAUACGACGCGGUGAAGCAGGCGCAAUUGAAAGCUAGAGCGAGGGUCAUGGAGGAGAAGAGGAAAGCUGAAAUGCGACUGGCGAAGGAAGAGAAUACGAAGAACGAAGAGACUUUCGCUGCACCAACGAGGAACGUUUUGAAAGAGAAGAUUCGUUUAAACGUCCACCAGAAAAACAAGGACAAGACCGAGGAGAAAAAAAACAAAAUCAAGAACGGGUUAGAGAUGGUUUCGCACGUGUUGAUUCCGUACGAGACGACGAAAGAGAAUAAGGACACGAUUCAAAAGAGCGGGAUGGAUAUUGGUGCGACGUGCAUUUGUGCGCUUCCGAGUUCGUUGUCCGUGGCGUGCGGUCGCGAAAACGGGUGCGUGGAUAUCGGGUUCGCGAAAGGCGAGUUGAACGUGCAAAGGAGGAUGAAUCCGACGGUGCCGCAGCAAAGGUUAGAACUGAAUAAAGUUUGUGAAAACGUCGCAAAGAAGAGUAGAGUGAGGAGCAUGCGGUUAAACGAGGACGUGUUAGCUAUUGGUUUCGAUAACGGCGCGUUUGUGAAAAUUGUCGAACCGGGAUGUUUCGAGGAAAGAGGGUUGACGCAAGAGACGUGCGUUUUGAGAGCAUACGAAGCACCGAAAGAAGUACAGGAUAUAUUCAAACGCGUCGCGGGAGGCAAAUUGCUAGGACCGCACGUAUCAAGGAAAGCUAAUUGUCGCUCUCAGGUGAUUUCGAAGGAUUUGGAGGUUCUCUUUUUCGGCUCGCCGGUGUUUCGCGACGGCAGCUUUUUCGCCACGAGAGAGGUGUAUAAGAACAGAAAGAGGAGGAAGAAGAAGCAAGAGGUGGAAGAAAAGGUAUCGACGAAGAAAACGCUCAUUUCGAAAGGAUUCUUCAACAAAUCAAGGAGCAGCGGUGAACAAAUGUCAUCGCCAUCCGCCACCAUCGAGGAAGUCCGCGAGUGCGACGACGACGACGACGACGACGAUUUUACUCUCACGAGAUCCUUCGAUAAGUUUGAAACGGCAUCGGAGAUGAACGAAAUGUACGAUAUCAUGAUUUCAGACAUGUCAGAGAAGGAACAGACGGAAGCGUUGAAUAUGUCUUACAGAAAGAAGAAGCCGGAAGAGAGCGCGAGCGAUGACGCGAAAAAAAGCACCGCAGAAGAAGUGAGAGUAUCAGACGAAAAAGAAGAAAGAGGAGGAGAACCAGAACAACACGCAGACGAAAAAGAAGGCGAAGAAGACGAAGAGGAAACGCCGACGGUCGUCACGUAUCGUUUCAGUGCACACGCUCACCCGGUACAAUCGCUCGCGUAUUACGACGAAGAUACCGAAACGACGCUCAUUUCCGGUUCUAACGACCGAACGAUUGCUUUUUGGGAUCUCGAGAAGACGUUUGAGGAGGAAAAUUCAGCGGAUGAUUUGCCGUCGCCAAUGUUCAAGUUCAACGCGGGGACGGAAGUUCGAGCGAUGGUUGUCUCGAAAUCAAAAAGAGUUCUUUAUAUCGCAGGUGCCGAUAAGUGCGUGCACAUGUUCGAACUGCUCUCGGAAGCUAAAAACGAAGGUAUUCCAUCCGGCGCUUUGAAAAAGAGAACGUUUCCGUGUCAUCACGAAGGUUUCAUCACCACGCUUUCCUUGUCGCAAGAUAACACGCGAUUAUUCACCGGAUCCGAGUACAGCGACACACCGGACGACGGGUUCAACAAAAACUAUAAUUCCGGCGACGGAACUAUCUGCGUCUGGGACGUCUCCACCGGCGAAGCGACGGAUGUCGUCCGCGCGCACAACGGCAGCGUGAGUCAGAUUUUAGUAAGCAACGACGACGACGAAACGAUACACACAUCCGCUUUGGACGGUUGCGUGCACAGAAUGAAACGAACCGAGCACGGAAAACUGCGUCUGAACUUUGAAGAUGGACGGAGAAAGACGCGCAAUCCUACGUUUGGGUUUCGAAAAGGAUUCCUCUAG